GGGAAUUCUAUGUUAGGCCACAAGAUAAAGUUUGUUUGGACCAUUCCUGAAAUAGUCCUGAAUUCAAAGGCGUACAUCACCUCUGCAUAACUCUGCUAAAAAUAGACUCUACCUUUGAAUUCUGAUUUCUGCUCAUUUAAUCUUCCUUCCUCCCUCACAUGAUACCCCUUUUCCCCGCACCAAACGCCUCCUUACUUAUUCUCUCUAAAUACACAACCAACCACGCUUCACUCUCAUGUCUUCACCUUCCUCUCUCUCAACUCUCUCCAAUACUCCAAUGGAAGCCUUUUGCGUGCUCGAAUUCCAAUCGACGUCGCCUGAAUCACCCCCGCCGCCGCCUGAGCAAACUGAUGACGAGGACUCGUUUUUUGAUCUGGUUCUCAAAUCGCCUGAUAUCCGAUCUACCGAAUCUCCUGGAGAUGUAUUCCGGAGAGGAAACGGUUAUGUGAAUUCGAGGCCUCUGUGUAAAGUCACUCUCGUGAGAUCGACUCCUAAAUUCAGAGUUUUCAUGUUAGGUUUCGGGAAAUCGGUGAAAUGCGAGAGAUCGGAGUCCAACGGGGAGACCAAACGGAGUCCGUUGAUUCAUUCUCCCAGAUCUCCGAAGGUAACAUGCAGAGACGAGAAAACGCUAGGCACGUGCCGUGUGGCCAGAGCCAACAGUUUGAGAAGCCAGCUUCUGAAAGAGACUUCCGAUUACGAAAACUCGCCGGAAAAGUCGUCGAGAGGUUUGAUUCCUAAGUAUCUGAAGCUGAUUAGACCUCUCUACUUGAUGGUUUGGAGGAGGCAGCACGAGAAGAAGAAGCCAACGGAAUCCUCGACGCCGUUUGCUUCUCCUGCCAACAUUUCGCCGAAAAGGAUUUCCGACGGUAGCAGGAUCGGCAGCUUUAAGAUAGCGGCGAGGCGUUUGGGGAAAAGCCGAUCGGCGUCAACGGCGGUAGGCAUGUCGCCGCAACCAGCCCGCCGGCGAGACGAUUCUCUUUUGGAACGACUCGACGGAAUCCAAAACGCUGUUCUGUACUGCAAAAGAUCCUACAGCAGCUCCUCAUCCAAAGAAUUUUCAAACAUAUAUCAAUCUUCAGUUGAUCACAGUAAAAGUUCAUAUGAAGAGUCAAAGAGAUGCAGCAUUUGAAUCAGAAAUCAAACAGAAAAAGAUACAAUGUGAUGACGGUUGUGAAUUGCAACUAUGAUUAUAGAAUUUGGAAGAUUAUUGUUUGAUUACUUGAUAGUACAAAGAAGCCGGUGUUUGUGUGCAGUGUGAAAAUGUUAGUAUUGAUUAAAGUUUUCGGUUUUGUAUAUUCUAAAUUACUACUCCCUAUCCGUAUCAUUUUAUUGCUUUUAAAUUUUAAA